UUCUUGCUGCUGACGACAUGUGUGUGACAUGUGAGCCUGAACCACCCAGCGUCUGUGCAGGAGCUGUAAACAUGUUUACCUGAACAGGGAAGAAAAAUGGAUUUUUCUCUUAGAGGUGCACUGAUACGGACAGCGUGCUCUUAAUGCGUAUCAACAGAUGACUCGAGAGGGAAAUUCUCUGGAAGCGCAGCUAUUGAAAUCAAUGGGAGAAAAGAGAUUCCCGAUUGCUGCAGCAAAUGGCAACUUGUGCAGUCACCAAUUACAAUAACGUGAUAGAAGCAAACUCAGAUUCAGAUGACGAAGAUAAAUUGCAUAUCGUAGAAGAAGAAAGUAUAACUGAUGCAGCAGACUGUGAUGCAAGUGUGCCAGAAGAUGACCUGCCAACAGACCACACAGUGUUACCAGAAAACAGUGAAAGGGAAGGGAGCACAAACAGCUGCUGGGAAGAUGAAGGAAAAGAAAGAAAGGAAAUCCUGGGGCCUGAAGCUCAGUCAGAUGAAGUUGGAUGUACAGUAAAAGAAGAUGAAUGUGAUUCCGAUGCAGAAAAUGAACAGAACCAUGACCCUAAUGUUGAAGAGUUCCUUCAACAAGAAGAUACAGCUGUUAUUUACCCUGAAGCACCUGAGGAGGACCAGAGACAAGGCACACCAGAAGCUAGUGGUCAGGAUGAGAAUGGAACACCCGAUGCGUUUUCCCAGCUGCUUACCUGCCCAUACUGCGAUAGAGGGUACAAGCGCUUUACCUCUCUGAAGGAACACAUUAAAUACCGCCAUGAAAAAAACGAGGAUAACUUCAGUUGCUCCCUUUGCAGUUACACGUUUGCAUACAGAACACAGCUGGACCGCCACAUGACAUCGCACAAGUCGGGACGAGAUCAGAGACAUGUGACGCAGUCCAGUGGUAAUCGAAAAUUCAAGUGCACUGAAUGUGGAAAAGCUUUUAAAUAUAAACAUCAUCUAAAGGAGCACCUACGAAUCCACAGUGGAGAGAAGCCAUAUGAGUGCCCAAACUGCAAGAAACGUUUUUCCCAUUCUGGUUCAUACAGCUCACACAUAAGCAGUAAGAAGUGUAUUGGUUUGAUGCCCGUGAAUGGUCGAGCUCGGUCAGGGCUCAAGACGUCUCAGUGCUCCUCCCCUUCCCUUUCUGCAUCACCCGGUAGCCCAGCAAGACCACAGAUACGACAAAAGAUAGAAAAUAAACCCUUGCAAGAGCAACUUCCUGUUAACCAAAUUAAAACUGAACCUGUGGAUUAUGAAUUCAAGCCCAUAGUGGUUGCUUCAGGAAUUAAUUGUUCGACCCCUUUGCAGAAUGGGGUUUUUAGUGGUGGUAGCCCAUUGCAGGCAACCAGUUCUCCUCAGGGUGUGGUGCAAGCUGUUGUUCUGCCAACAGUGGGUCUCGUGUCUCCCAUAAGCAUCAACUUAAGUGACAUUCAAAAUGUACUUAAAGUGGCAGUGGAUGGUAAUGUAAUAAGGCAAGUAUUGGAAAACAAUCACGCUAACCUUGCAUCCAAAGAACAAGAAACAAUCAGCAAUGCAUCUAUACAACAAGCUGGCCAUUCCGUCAUUUCAGCUAUCAGUCUUCCUUUGGUUGACCAGGAUGGGACAACCAAAAUUAUCAUCAACUACAGCUUGGAGCAGCCGAGUCAACUUCAGGUUGUUCCCCAGAAUCUAAAAAAAGAACAUUCUGUUCCUACAAACAGUUGCAAAAAUGAAAAGUUACCAGAAGAUCUUACGGUGAAGUCUGAGAAAGAUAAAAACUUUGAAGGAGAGACCAAUGAUAGCACUUGUCUUCUUUGUGAUGACUGUCCAGGAGAUCUUAAUGCACUUCAAGAAUUAAAGCACUAUGAAACAAAAAAUCCUCCUCAGCUUCCUCAGUCCAGUGGAACAGAAGCUGAGAAGCCCAGCUCCCCCGCCCCAUCAGAAACUGGGGAGAACAACUUAACUCCUGGUCAGCCACCUUUAAAGAACCUUUUAUCGCUCCUAAAAGCAUAUUAUGCAUUAAAUGCACAACCAAGCGCAGAAGAGCUUUCAAAAAUAGCCGAUUCUGUAAACCUGCCACUGGAUGUGGUAAAAAAGUGGUUCGAAAAAAUGCAAGCCGGACAAAUUUCUGUGCAGUCUUCUGGACCAUCUUCUCCCGAACAAGCUAAAAUAAGCAGUCCCACCGAUAACGAUGAUCAAGCAGCAACUACAAAUGAGAGCGAACCCCAGAACAGCACAAACAACUCACAAAAUCCGGCCAAUACAAAUAAAUCUCAGACUUCAUCAGGGGGAUCAACUCAGAAUGGUUCGCGCAGUAGCACGCCAUCCCCAUCACCACUAAACCUUUCUUCAUCAAGAAAUUCACAGGGUUAUACGUACACAGCAGAGGGUGUACAAGAAGAGCCACAAAUUGAACCUCUUGACCUUUCACUACCAAAGCAACAUGGAGAACUGUUGGAAAGAUCUACCAUAACUAGUGUUUACCAGAACAGUGUUUAUUCUGUCCAGGAAGAACCUUUGAACUUAACUUGUGCAAAAAAAGAACCACAAAAGGACAACAGUAUUACAGACUCUGAUCCUAUUGUAAAUGUAAUCCCACCAAGUGCCAAUCCCAUAAAUAUUGCUAUACCUACAGUCACUGCCCAGUUACCUACAAUUGUUGCCAUUGCUGACCAGAACAGUGUUCCAUGCUUGAGAGCUCUUGCUGCCAAUAAGCAAACCAUUUUGAUUCCCCAGGUGGCUUACACGUACUCUACUGCAGUUAGCCCUGCAGUUCAGGAAACACCACCAAAACAGACCCAAGCCAAUGGAAGUCAGGACGAAAGGCAGGACACUAGCUCAGAAGGAGUAUCGAAUGUAGAAGACCAAAAUGAUUCUGAUUCAACACCCCCAAAGAAGAAAAUGAGAAAGACGGAAAGUGGCAUGUAUGCGUGUGACUUAUGUGACAAGACAUUCCAGAAGAGCAGUUCCCUGCUGCGACACAAAUACGAGCACACAGGUAUGUACUAGGAAAUGCAGGCUCAGAUCUUUGUUUUGUUGAUUCUGAGUAACUGAUAAGCUCAGUUGAAAUUCAGUUCUCAAAAAUCAUUUUAAGAACAGAGUGAAGUAUAACAGUCCUUAUUAUGAUCUGUGCCCAGCCCUGGUUAGAACCCACGCUUUAUAUACUUAUUUGACAGAACUGCAGUACCGUGCUUGAAUUUGUAAGGUCUAAACCCCGAAUAGAACUUCUGGGAUUUUCUUCCAUCUGGCUCAUGGACAAUCAUCAGUGUGCUACAAUAUGCAAUUAAGGAUUUAUUAUUUCUAAGUUACCUGGCCUGCUUUUAAAUAAAGAAAAAUGAUAAACUAUAAAAAAAGGACAGUGUGUAUAUAUGAUAUUUUACCAUGAAGGCCAGUGUACCAAGCAUGAAGGGUUCUCCAACUUAGCCAAAUUUGUAGUUACAUGAACUUAGUAAACAUUCAUUGGACAUGGAAUCUAUUCUCAAAGGAAUAUCAUUUUGGCUUUGGUUUUCAUUUCCAAUUUUUCAUAACUGUUCUUUUCAGUUCCAGUUCUGGUAUCUUCAGUCUUCUUUUGAAUAAGUGUUACUCUCUUUUUUCUUUAGCUGUCUCUUCAAAAAUGUCUUUUCUUGUUGGUUAAUUGCCUACAUUAUGUUUCUGCGUAUUAAUGGUUUUAUUUCAUUUUACUUAAAUAUACAAUUGAAAGCAUAUAAGGCUCACCUUUGUCUUUACCAUUUGUUUAAACCUCUCAACUUGUGUUCAUUAAGAAUAUCUUCUAUUUUCAUACAUUCCCACUUUGAGACUCUCUAAUCCUCCUUUUCAUAAUACAGUUGUGCUUUCCAUUCUGCUCUUAAAUGAAGUGCAGUGUUCAGAAAUGCUGCUUGUUUGACAUGGUGUGGCAUGGAGCAUGAUCAGCAAGCCACUGUCUCUUUGUCUGGGUCCUUUAUGUCUGGGCAGAAGCUUUAUGGGUUUGUUUUGCCUAACAACUUGGAGUGCUGGAAUCAAGAUUACAUAGUUGGGUCCACACUGUCUUUAUGAGUCUCUAAACACAGCAGCAGGAAGGCAAGUAGCAAAGAAGCGGGUAGAAAGUUGGAAAAAAAGGGCAGGAAGAGAAGUAGAUGAAACAAAGCAGAUUUUUCCAGUUGAUAUACAUGUAGUCAGCAAGUUUGCUAUGUAAGGCACUCACCUGUCCCAGGCAAGAUUUUGGAAUGAUUUACCUUUUACCUGUGACAUGAUUCAAGGGCUUGUGCAUGAAAGCUAACAUGAAAGCUCAUUGAUUUUAAAUUUCCAUCACUAUAGAAGAGCUGAAAUGGUUUUGAGUUUGAAUAACUUUUAUUGCAUAAAAAUGCCUCCUUUCCUAAUCUAUUUAUAUUCAUGCUUGUUUUGUGCUCCAAGUUGCAUCUGAGAAUCUGUUUAUCUCUUGAUGUUCAUUUUCCUAAGAGGGUUAUAAAUAGCUUUGUAGUUUUACAAUGUGCCCUUGUGCCUUGUAUCCCUAUGUAAGAAACCCAGGCCCGACAAUGCUGAGAGCAAACUGCUAAAUGCAAUUACUCAUUGUUGGUAAUACAGUCACCAACAGCACAUUAUAAUGAAAGCAACAGCACAGAAUUUUUAAAUAUUAACUUUAAGGAAUCCUUUCUUUUUUUUCUUUGUGUGUGUGUGUGUGCGCUUUAUUUUCUAGGUAAAAGACCUCACGAGUGUGGAAUCUGUAAGAAAGCCUUCAAACACAAACACCAUUUGAUUGAACACAUGCGACUGCAUUCUGGGGAGAAACCCUACCAAUGUGACAAAUGCGGAAAGCGCUUUUCACACUCGGGGUCAUACUCUCAACACAUGAAUCAUCGCUACUCCUAUUGCAAAAGAGAGGCAGAGGAGCGUGACAGCACGGAGCAGGAGGAGGUGGGACAGGAGGUGCUCAGCAGCGAGCACACUGGUGCCAGGGCAUCGCCAUCGCAGAUCGACUCCGAUGAGAGAGAGAGUCUAACCAGGGAAGAAGAGGAAGAUAGUGAAAAAGAGGAAGAGGAGGAGGAGGAAAAGGAGGUAGAAGGACUUCAGGAAGAAAAAGAAUGUAGAAAACUACAAGAUGUAGAGGAGGAAGAAGUAGAAGAAGAAGAAGAAGAAGAGGAAGGGAAAACUGAAGGUAACAAGAACGAUGAUGUUGUAACUCAAGCAAGCAAUGCAGAGCCAGAAGUUAUACAGAGCAAUGGGCAAGUGUCAGAAGAAAAAACAAAUAAAGCUUAAAUGAUAGUUUUUUCUAUAUGGAAAAAAAUAAAUCGGUAAUGAAGAUCGUUCUAUAUUAUACAUGCUUUUCAUGGAAACACGGUAGCCUGCAUACUGUGAUUUCUGUUCACUACUGUGUAAAAAAAUAUAUAUAUAAAAAAAGAAAAAAGAAAAAAAAAAAAGAAAUCCAGGUGUGCCUGAACCUCAAACUUAGUAAUUUUUCACACAGUUUUCAAAGUUAGGAACAAGUUUGUAACAUGAAGCAGAUUAGAAAAAUACAGUGACUCUGGAAGCAAAGGUUUAACAGGUUGUAGGAAACCUGAUUUAUUAGACAAGCAUCUGGCAUUGUUUGUUUUAUCAGUAUUAAUUUUCAUUCUUACGUUGAUUAAUUUUUAAGCUGUACAAUUGGGAGAGAUUUAUAUGAUUUUUUUUGUUUUGUUUUGUUUUGUUUUGUUUUUUUAAUGGCAAAGCAUUUCCUAAAUCCGCUUCAGUAUUUUAUUAUGUUUUUAAAAUGUGAGAACUUCUGCACUACAGAAUUCCCUUUUGCAGAAACCUCUAACAGUGCUUGGCUACCUUUGUAAAUUCAACCUAGAAGGUAGCGGUUAUAACAUUAGAUGUUGUAGUAGAGCAUAUUAUCAUUUAAAGUGUAUUGUUAGCCUUAAGAAAGCAGAUGAUAGAAGAACUAAAGUUUCUUACUCAUGUGGUUAAAAAUGUAGUUGAAAAGAUUGUUGUUGAGUUCUGAUUGCAGGGACUAACAGUGUUGAUACCGGUAAGGACAGCCAAGUCGUCAAAAUCAGUGUUUGUAAUUGUGUUUUGAGUAUGUAGUAACAAUAUGAAGGAUAUGAUAUGAAGCUUUGUAUCUCCUUUGGCCUUAUGCAAGACCUGUGUGCUGUAAGUGCCAUUUAUCAGUAUUACAAAGGCUCUCACCAGCCUUUCUCCAAUGCGUGGCCUACAAUAACUAGCAUUUGUUGAUUUGUAUCAAACUUCUAAUCUAAUCAUGGGGGAAAAAACACUCAGCCAUCAGAGAAGUAAGAACACUGGUAUCUUUCAUUAUUUAAUUAUUUGGUGGUAUUUUUGGUUAAUACCUGACUUGCAGAAUUUCUCUACGAUAAUUACAAGGGAAAUUUUCUAAUCUGCUUUAUUGCUUUAUCGGUUUACUUUAAUUUCAGACACAUACAUGACAUGUUAUCUGGCUCAUAAGUAUUUUCAAAUGUUAGUUAUUAUGGACCCCAUUUAUUAACAAUGUUAGCUGAUUUUUACCUAUCAGUAUUAUUUUAUUUCUUUUAGUUUAUAGAUCUGUGCAACAUUUUGUACUGUAUGUCUCCAAACCUGGCAGUAUUAAUACCCUUCUUACUGACAUAUGUACCUUUUUAGUUUUAGAAAACUUUUAUAUUUAUGUGUCUUAUUUUUAUAUUUCUUUAUUUAUUACACAGUGUAGUGUAUAAUACUGUAGUUUGUAUUAAUACAAUAAUAUAUUUUAGUAUGAAAAUUUGGAAAGUUGAUAAGAUUUAAAGUAGAGAUGCAAUCGGUUCUCUUGCAUUGAGAUUUGAUUUAACAGUGUUAUGUUAACAUUUAUACUUGCCUUGGACUGUAGAACAGAUGAAUUAAAAUGGGAAUGUAUUAAUUUUACAAUUGCAAUCAAUUCAUUUUACCUUUACCCAGUUUUUAAUAUAAAGCUCUUAAAUUUUGAAAUUCACUGUGUGACUAAUAGCAUGAUGCUCUGCAGUUUUAUUAAGAGAUUAGCCUAACCAUAAAACUCUCAUUUCCUUAGUAAGCCAAAUUAGAAUAAUCUUAUAAACAGUGUUGGGAACAACGUUUAACAUUUUUGUGCCAAUUUGUUCCUGUAUUCAUGUAUGUAUGUUACAAACCUGAAACUUCAUUUUUAAGUUCCUUGUUACAUCAUGGUCAUUUUCUAGUUUUUUACCAGACUCCCCAUCUCACAAUAAAAUGCGUCAACAAGUC